GGGGGGGGGUGGGAAACAACGCAGACGGGCUGCCAAGCCCGGGAAUUCCUCCCAACUUGAAAAGGAAGUCGGCGGACGUUAGUGAGCUCAAUCUAACAUUCUCCCACGUGUAAUUAGUUGCCUCGGGAAGCAAAAAUGAACUUUGCGGAGGGAGAGGACGCCAAGAGGUACUGCAUCAGGACGAGACACGUGGCGGUGAUCUGCGCGGUGGUGGCGGCGGUGGGACUGAUAGUGGGCCUGUCGGUGGGCUUGACCCGGGCCGGCAGCUCCCCGGGGGGCGGCGGCCAGGGCCCCGCGCCCGGCCCCCCCUCGCAGGGCCCUUCGCCCGAGACCCCGCCGCCCGGGGACCAGGGGGUCUGUCCCGCCAGCGAAGAUGACAGCGGGGACUGGAAGAACUUCCGGCUGCCGGACUUCAUCAGCCCGGUGCACUACGACCUGGAGGUGAAGCCCCUGCUGCAGGAGGACACGUACACGGGCAGCGUGGCCAUCGCGGUCAACGUGAGCGCGCCCACCCGGCACCUGUGGCUGCACCUGCGGGAGACCAGGCUCACGCAGCUGCCCGAGCUGAAGGCGCCCUCGGGGGCGCAGGUGCAGGUCCGCCGGUGCUUCGAGUACAAGAAGCAGGAGUACGUGGUGGUGGAGGCGGAGCAAGAGCUCGCCCCCAGCACUGGCCCGGGGACCUACCUCCUGACCCUCAGGUUCGCCGGCUGGCUGAACGGCUCGCUCGUGGGAUUUUACAGGACGACCUACGAGGAGAACGGACAGAUCAAGAGCAUAGCAGCCACUGAUCACGAACCAACAGAUGCCAGGAAAUCCUUCCCUUGUUUUGAUGAGCCCAACAAAAAGGCAACUUAUAAUAUAUCCAUCAUCCACCCCAAAGAAUACAAAGCAGUUUCAAAUAUGCCAGUGGAGAAAGAAGAAUCGAUGGAUGAUAAAUGGAAUAGAACAACUUUCCAGAAGUCUGUCCCUAUGAGCACCUACCUGGUGUGCUUUGCUGUACAUCAAUUUGACUAUGUUCAGAGAACAUCAAAAAAGGGAAUACCUCUCACUAUAUAUGUCCAGCCACAGCAAAAGCACACAGCUGAAUAUGCUGCAAACAUAACUAAGAUCGCAUUUGACUAUUUUGAAGAAUACUUUGCUAUGGAUUAUGCUCUUCCUAAAUUAGAUGAAAUCGCUAUUCCAGACUUUGGCACUGGGGCUAUGGAGAACUGGGGACUCAUCACUUACAGAGAAACAAACUUGCUUUAUGACCCUCAGGAAUCAGCCUCUUCAAACCAGCAGAGGGUGGCCAGUGUGGUUGCCCAUGAACUUGUGCAUCAGUGGUUUGGAAAUACCGUGACCAUGGAAUGGUGGGAAGACUUGUGGCUAAAUGAAGGAUUUGCUUCCUUCUUUGAGUUCCUGGGAGUAAACCAAGCAGAAAAAGACUGGCAAAUGAGAGACCAGAUGUUACUUGAAGAUGUAUUACCUGUACAAGAAGAUGAUUCUUUGAUAUCUUCACACCCAAUUGUUGUCACUGUGGCAACUCCUGCUGAAAUAACAUCUGUUUUUGAUGGAAUAUCCUAUAGCAAGGGAGUUUCCAUUCUGAGGAUGCUUGAAGACUGGAUAACACCAGACAAAUUUCGGAAAGGAUGCCAGAUUUACUUGGAAAGAUACAAAUUUGGGAAUGCAAAAACUGAAGAUUUUUGGAGAGCACUUGAAGAGGCAAGUAAGUUUCCAGUGAAAGAAGUAAUGGAUACGUGGACCAAACAGAUGGGUUAUCCUGUACUUAAUGUGAAAGAUAGAAAGAAUAUCACACAGAAACGUUUUCUAUUGGACUCAAGAGCUAAUCUUUCUGAGCCACAUUCACCUCUUGGUUACACAUGGAAUAUUCCAGUUAAAUGGACUGAAGAUAAUGUAUCAAGUAUUACAUUCUACAACAGGUCAGAAACAGGAGGAAUCACUUUGAAUUCUUCUAAUCCUGCUGGAAAUUUUUUUCUCAAAAUAAACCCAGAUCAUAUUGGGUUUUAUCGUGUAAAUUAUGAAAUACCAACUUGGGAAUGGAUAGCUACCAAUCUUUUCUUAAACCACAAGAACUUUUCUUCUGCUGACCGUGCAAGUCUUAUAGAUGAUGCUUUUGCCUUGGCAAGAGCUCAACUUCUAGAUUAUAAAAUGGCUCUAAACUUGACCAAGUAUCUCAAAAUGGAAGAAGAGUUUUUACCAUGGCAGAGAGUAAUUUCAGCUGUAACCUAUAUCAUUAGCAUGUUCGAAGAUGAUACAGAACUCUACCCUGUGAUUGAGGAAUACUUCCAAAGUCGAGUGAAGCCCAUUGCAGAUCUUCUAGGAUGGAAUGACGUCGGAGACCACCUUACAAAGUUGCUCCGUGCCUCCGUAUUAGGGCUUGCAUGCAAAAUGGGAGAUCAAGAAGCCUUGAACAAUGCUACACAAUUAUUUCAGCAGUGGCUAAGUGGGACUGUAAGGCUUCCUGUAAAUCUGAGGCUUCUGGUAUAUCGGUAUGGAAUGCAGAACUCUGGCAAUGAGACUUCAUGGAACUACACUCUUGAUCAAUACCAGAAAACUUCAUUAGCUCAGGAAAAAGAAAAACUGCUGUAUGGAUUAGCAUCAGUGAAGAACGUUACUCUCUUGUCAAGAUAUUUAGAUUUGCUCAAGGACCCAAACCUUAUUAAAAGUCAGGAUGUGUUUACAGUCAUCCGAUAUAUCUCAUAUAACAGCUAUGGAAAGACUAUGGCCUGGAAUUGGAUUCAGCUCAACUGGGAAUAUCUAGUUAACAGAUACACAAUCAAUGACAGAAAUCUUGGCAGGAUUGUCACAAUAGCAGAACCAUUCAACACUGAACUACAGCUGUGGCAGAUGGAGAGCUUUUUCAAAAGAUAUCCAGAUGCUGGAGCAGGAGAAAAACCCAGGGAACAAGUGCUGGAAACAGUGAAGAACAAUAUCGAGUGGUUAAGACAAAAUAGGAACACGAUAAGACAGUGGUUUUUGGAUUUACCUAAGAAUGGCUAAUGUGUCCAAAUGUCAUAUUUUGGUUUUGUGAAUCUGUUAUAUUUGGUGGCCAAAUUUACAAGUACUAUGGAGGGAGUCUUAUACACAGAUACUGCUUUUGCUAAGUAGUGUGUUUAUAUGGUUUGCAAAGCUUUUAAAUUGUUCUUUGUUUAUGAAGGAAGAUACUAAUAGAGUAGUUAAUGUACUCAGGGAUUUUUUUCUAAGUGUACUUCAUUGGAGAUUCUUCGCAAACUGAAGAGAAUUUAAUAGCCAUUUUAAUGUCUUUAAAUAUCAUUCUUUAUAUCUUAAAUCUGUGAAAAUAGAACAAUUUGGUCUUAGCUUUACAUUUUUAGUACCAAAGAAACACUACUUAAUCUUCUCUCUUGAUUGAUUUUUAAAGUUUAAAUACCAGUACUUGAGGGACCUAAAUUACCAUCUUAAUCUUUAUUUUAUUAUUCAGAAUUACACAUACCUAAUAUCAUUGUAUUCACAUGUGUCCUAUUCCUUUAAAUCCUACCACAGUAACCCAGGUUUAAAUUUUACUCAAAUAAAUUAGCCAAAGAAAUGGCUAUUGCCUUCACUAUAAAAUCAACAAGAGAACUCUCCUCUCCUUUUUAAAAUAAAUCUGAAUGAUUAACUUGAAAAAAAAAAUGUUGUGUUCCAGUGUCACUUGACUCUCGAAUAAUAAUGACUGCAGCAUUCCCUAAAUAAUUUAGCAUGAGGCAAAUACAAUUCAAGAACCUAGCUUUUUUCAUGCUUGGGACUCUGUCGUCCUGCUCCAUUCCCUACAAAGCUCCUUCAAACAUGCUAUGAAAUUAGAGGGAAGACGGUGCUUAACUUUGCUCCAUGGAUUUUAGAGAAAAAAAGCUAAAUAAUUGGAAACUGGUCAGGAAAGAGAGAAGGCUGAUUAUUCCAUAAAACUAAAUGGAAUUAGAAUUUAGCUUUGAUCUAACCUAGCAAUCUAAGUGUGAAAAUGAGGAAACCCAUGUAUAUCUCCAGCAUGACUCUGCAUAUCUGAGGCUAUAUCUUCUCAUAGAUAACUUUUAUGUACAAACCCUUAGAUCCUAAUCCAUACAAAAUAGCACUGAUCAAAUUCAUAUUCGUGACUUGAUUAAAGGUAUCAAUUUUGUAACAGCCAGCGGCAAGAAUAUGUUUACUAUGGCACUUGAUGCCUAGUAGAUCCACAAUGUAAGUCCAAUUGAAAAGAAGGUAAAUGACUGUAUUUGAGUCUGCUAUAUCUAGAAAAUCUAAAUUUAUCUAGAAUCUUCAGAAGUAUAAAAUAAGAUUGAUUUAAUGAUAAUUAAAGCACACGAAAACAAUCAAAAUCUUAGCUUUGACUUUAUUUACAUAAUAAUGGGCCUUAAUUAAACUACUGCUAUUUCUUAAUUAUUGCUUCUCAAUCUGCACAGCUAAACUGACAAAUUCAAAGGUGGGGGGUGGGGUAGAGAAGAUUUAAAAAAAAAAAAGGAAUUUCCAUACCAGAACUUUAAAAAUAUUAUUUUAAAUUGCUUCGGAAGAAAAAAUACAUUAACAAUAUAAAUCAUCAGGAAAGCCCCACUAUCCUCAUGGUUGAUCCUCCUGCUUUAUGUAAUAAUUUUUUUAAAGAAAAAUAUAAGUUUAAGGAAUAAAUCCAUUCCAACUUGCCUACAA